AUGACCAGUGCGAAGAAGACGGAUAAAAAUAAAAAAAGAAAAUCUAAGAAGCAUAGUAGAAUACCUAAGAAAUUUUUAGGAAAUAUUAAAAGUUUCGAAGAAUUUGCUCUUUAUUACAAGAACAGGAAUGUUGCGCAAAAAAGCCUUAAAGCUAAGAAAAGCAAUAGUUCUAUAAAGAAAGAUGUAGAUGGAAGGAUAUACAAGACUAUUAACCCCAGUUCUAUCUGUAUUGAACAAAAAAGUUCUCUUAAUAUAUUGUCAGAACAAGCUUAUUUAGACUUCUAUCUCAACAAUGCUAAUGACUGUCCUAUUGAACGUGCUUGUCCUUAUAAGAAACUUGAUGAAGAAGAAGUGUGUAAUGUAUGUUUCAGUAUAACGUAUUGUCGUUGCAACUUAAAUUAA